UGCACUCCUGAUGCCUAUGUCAGCUGACCUUUGGGUCAAGGAGUGGAUUGCGGUGAUGGAAGGUCCAGGAUCGAGCAGUAAGAAGGUCCAGGAUCAUCUCCGGUUCCUGUUGUCGUUGCGUUAGCGUUAGCGUGAGCGUUAGUGUGAGCGUUAACGCCCUCCCCGUACUGCGAGGAUGUCAGCAGCAUGCCGUCACACGCCUGCUGUUAAACGAGGAACUGUGUUAGUCCAGGACGCAAUCUGCAACCAUGUCGAGCUCGCUGGUCGUGUGUGAGGUGGAUCCAAGCCUGACGGAGAAACUGAAGAAGUUUCGUUUUCGGAAGGAGACCACCAACGCCGCCAUUUUGAUGAAAAUUGAUAUGGAGAAACAGCUGGUCAUAUUAGAAGAGGAGUAUGAGGACAUUUCUCUGGACGAUCUGAGGGAAGAGCUUCCCGAGCGCCAGCCACGAUACAUAGUGUACAGCUACAAGCUUACACACUCCGACGGCCGAGUGUCCUACCCGCUGUGUUUCAUUUUCUCCAGCCCUGUGGGUUGUAAGCCGGAACAGCAGAUGAUGUACGCCGGCAGUAAAAACAGACUCGUCCAAUCUGCCGAACUCACCAAGGUUUUUGAGAUCCGAAACGCAGACGAUCUCUCUGAGGAAUGGCUGAAGGAGAAAUUGUCCUUCUUUCGCUGAAAAUAUUACUCCGUCCAUCCGGAUCAGUGCUCCAUCCUUCUGUAUACUGAAGAUCAUUUUGGGGGAAUAAACUCACAGCUGAUCUCAGAUCAGUGGAGAAAAGGCAUCAUGCGUUUGCUUUCUAAUUUUUUUUUAUUUGAAAUUUGUAGAAAAAAGUGAAGCACAUGUGAACACGGUACUAUAUAGACCUGUUACAGCUUAAAAAAAAGUUUUUUUUGAAAAAUGUUUUUAUUUUUUUAAAUGUCAAAGCUUUGAAGUAUUUUGCUGCUCAUGCUUUUGCUUUUCAGAAAUUUUGGAAAUACUGAUUUUUAAAUAUGUAUUUAAUUUCAUUAGUGUCUUACAGCAGAAAAAAGGAUGGUAUAGAAAUAAAUACCAGACUAGAUUAUAUUAAAAAUAUAAACUGGUUGCUACAUUAAAGGUUUCGCAUUAUUGAAGUAGCCUAUAAUAUGUUCAUUACACACAUGUUGAUAUUAAGUAAGGAAUAAAACACAAUGUGACAAGUUUAGAGGAAAUGUUACUGCUACCAACCUUGAGAAUUUUUUGUAUUAAUUAAAGAACAAUAGAAAAUGU